GGAGUGCCGUAAAGGUUACCCACCACGCCAUGCAAACGAUCCAGAUCCGUCUGUAUAUCCGGGCAUUCAACACACAGCUCCACAGUGGCCAACAUGUGGCCAAUCUAUGGGGUACGAGGCUCAGCCGGGUUAUCAAGCUGGGUUCCAACCUCCGCUCGGGUACCAGCAAGGUGCGCCCCCGUUCUUUUACCAAGAUCAGCCUUGUUACCCAACGCCACAUUCGUACACAGACAGACCUUACCCUCAGGGGUCACAGAGUGGUCAGCAGCCUUACGGACAGCAUAUUCCUGGACAGCAAUAUACUACAACAGAAGUUGUCGUCACACAGCCUGUUCAGCGGCCAGGGAAUGAGGUUACCAUAAAUCCACCACGCGACUACAUGGCUCUCGCCAUCCUUGCAACCAAUUGCGUUUGUCCGAUUGGUUUUUUCGCCAUCUUCCACGCGUCGUCCGUAAGACCAGUGUUAUAUGCUAUUUUUUACCGAAGCAGUUAAAAUGUUGUUUAUUCGUGGUUUUGAAGACGAUAAGCGAAAAGAUCAUAUUAAAUGACAAAUAAUAGUUCGUUAUAGCUGAUGUUGUGUCAUUGACAUGUAUUUAUGAUGUAAAACACAUAUGUUAAUUAAUAAGACAUUUGAUGACAAGAUAAGAUUUUUUCUCACCUGGCCACCAAGAACAUUGCCAGAUCAGUUUGUGUUCGUCAUCCCUGUGAUUGUUGGAUUCUUCAUUUAAACGACUUGCCAGACUUAGCUUUACGAAAUUGAACAUGGUUGCCCAUCUUUUAGAUCUGUUCCACUCGUUCCGGUGUGGUUUAUAUGCAUAUAUCCACAGCAA